AUGUCGGGCAGGACUUUGUGCAACGUUCAGGCCGGGUGCUUCGUUCGCCUUCUGCCAUUUUGGCGGAAGCGUUCAGCAGCCAAAUCCCACUCGCGCGUGCGGGAGGCUCCUCGCUUUGCCGAGAUACCCACGGCGCUGACUGCUGGAGCUACCGGGCUUGUUCGUGAUGCAGGGCUGCCACCUUACGCUCACUUCGCCAAUACUUGCCUCCACUGCGAACCUGGCGCCCACAGUGCAGGUGUACACUCGGAGAAGCCUCCCGCAUAUGCUGCUCAUGCAUUGGGAGAUCUCUUCCGUGCGGACGUCAUGAAGACUAUCGAGGACAAGAUCGACGAGCUCGACCCCGAGCUGCGCGAGCUCAGCCUCGACAUCCUGCAUCACCCGGAGCUUGCGUGGGAGGAGAGGCGCACCCACGACAAACUCACGAAAUUCAUGUCCUCGCACGGCUUCGACGUCACCCCGCACUACCUCGGCCUCAAAACUGCUUGGCGCGCAGUGUACACGUACAAAUCCACCUUCGCAAAUGCUUUGAACGAGAAAACGCGCGUGAUCGGCGUGAACUCAGAGAUGGACGCGCUCCCAGGUAUUGGACGCGCGUGCGGCCACAAUUUGAUUGCCAUUGGUGGCGUCGGUGUCGCGCUAGCGAUCAAGGCCACUCUUGAGAAGCACAAUGUGUCGGGAAAGAUUAUCUUGCUUGGUACUCCGGCCGAGGAGGGUGGGGGAGGCAAGAUUUCUCUCCUCAAGCGUGGCGCAUACAAGGAGAUGGAUGCGUGCAUUAUGUGCCAUCCUUCUGGUACCCCAGUUGAUCACGCCUACCUCGGCCCGUCACUGGCAUGCCAGCCGAUAGAUGUUGAAUUCUUCGGUCAUGGAGCUCAUGCUGCGUGGGCGCCCUGGGAGGCGCAGAAUGCGCUCGAUGCCGCCUUCAUCGCAUACUCGAAUAUCUCCGUGCUGAGGCAGCAAAUAAAGCCUACUCAUCGCGUGCAUGGGAUUGUGAGUGGAAAGGAUUGGGCUCCUAACAUCAUCCCGGAUUACUCCAAGAUGCGCUGGAUUGUACGCGCACCGACGUGGAGUGAGGUCGAAAUCCUCAGAAACCGUGUUAAAGCCUGUUUCGAAGCUGCUGCGCAUGCCACAGGCUGCAAGCUGACUAUUACUGAAGGUGUCGGAUGCAGGGAUGUCAGACAAAACAGCGUCCUUGCGCAUCAAUUCGCGGACGUCGUGGAGCGCUACGGCAUAACAAGUGUGUUCGAAGAGGGCAUGGCUGCAUCGACCGAUUUUGGUGAUGUCACAUACGCCCUACCUGCUUUGCACCCCGGUUAUUCCAUCCCCUCGCUGCCUAAUGGUGGGAACCACACGCCGCAGUUCACGGAGGCCGCGGGCAAACUAGAGGCGCACAAAGCCACGCUGAUCACGAUCAAGGGCUUGGCGAUGGCGGGCUUCAGGGUGCUCGAUGAUAAGGCGUUUGCGGGCGAGGUCAGAAAGGCUUGGGAGGAACAGAUGAAACAGUGAGAGA